AUGGCUACCAAUGUUUUUGCUAAUAGCCAGGAUGGUGAUAAAAAUGCACCAACAAAAACUUUCCCCCUAUACAUGGCAGUAGCUGAAUAUCAAAAGAGAAUGGAUGAUGAAUUAAAUAUGAUGCCAGGGGAUAAAAUCCAGGUCCUAAAUGAUGACUCCCUUUACAACGAUGGUUGGUAUUUAGGGAUAAAUCUGACAACCAACGAGAAGGGAUUAUAUCCUUUAAAUUUUACUCAAGCCAUUCAAUUGCCAGAUUCAAUAAUGGACCCUAAUAAUAAUAUUACAAGGAAGUCCUCCAAGCGUGAAAGUGCCAUAUAUCAAUCAUCUUCAAACGUUGAGUCACUGUCUCCACCACAAACGUCUUAUGCAAACGCACCCCAUUUGGAUAAUACAAUGGAUGAUAUCGAUAACGCGUUAAAGGAAUUAAAUUUGGGAUUAGCUGAUAAUAAUUCGGGUAUUGAUAAUAAUUCUUUUGUGAUACCAAACUUAACUAGAAACUCUUCAAAAACAGAAAGUUUAGAUUUCAUUUAUAAUAAUAACACAAAUUCAUAUUCAAAUUCCAAUGCUUAUAGUAAUAGUAAUAAUAAUAAUAACAGUAAUAGCAAUAAUGCAACAAAGACUUUUGAUAUUAAUGAUAUAAGAAAUUGGUCACCACAAAAAAUCUAUGAUUUUUUGAUCUAUAAAAAAUUUGAUAAAUCAACUGCCAUGCAUUUUCUGGACCAUAAAAUCAAUGGUGAAAUUUUCAUAGAAUUAACUUUAUCACAUUUAAAAGAAUUAGAUAUUGAUUCUUUUGGAGUUAGAUAUCAACUACACAAGGAAAUUCAAAAUAUUAAUAACAAAUUGAAUAAAACUUUUAAUUAUGCUGAUAAUAAUAACCCUUCAUCUUUGCAAUCACCUAUAAUGGUAAAUACUAAUUCAAAUACUAAUUCAAAUUCAAAUUCAAAUUCAAAUUCAAAUUCAAAUCUUAAUAUACAAAAACGUUUGAAUAGACCAAACUCGGUCUACAUGGAUGAUAACAACAAUAAUAACAAUCCAUUGUUUGAAUCUCCAAGAAAGGCUCCAAAACCUCCCAAUUUUCCUUCCCCUAUUCCUAAUAAUUCAUCUCUAAAUCGGUUGGUAUUAGAUAAUGAUACUUACAUGAAUCAUCAAAGCCCUCAAAAUUAUAGAAAUUCAAAUUCAAAUUCUCCUGUCUAUUCUCAUAAUAAAUCAGCCUCUCUAAAUAACAAUAAUUUUAAUAAUUAUAACUCCUCAAACGCAAAUUUUAACGCUUAUAAUCCAGCUUCGCCAUCCUCUUCAACAACUAAUUCAAUCUAUAAUAAUAGCAAUCAUAGCAAUAAUCAAUCUCAGAAUUUCACCAAUCUACGUUCUCCUUCUAAUAUCCGUUCGAAUAAUUUCAAUCGUCAAUCAACAGUUUCAAAUUCAUCUAAUAAUUAUCGCACUCAAAGUAAUAAUAAUUUAUCUUCUACUUCACCACCUAAUCAUUUAAGUCCCACUGUUACUAAUCAAAAUCAAAAUCAAAAUGUUAAUUCAAAUUUCCAUUCACGUACUUCCAGUUAUAACAAUAAUAGCGCAACUAACAUUAAUAGUAAUAAUAAUAUGAUUAAUAACUCCCGUUCUACUUCUUAUCCUACGCGGAACUCUAGUAUUAAUAAUAAACGUAAUCCAAUAGUUACUACACAAGUUACAACGAUCACAACUAAUGCUCCAGUCAAUAACAAUAUUAAUAACAAUAAUAGCCAAUUCGAUUCAAAUAGUAAUAUCAGGCCAAGCAAGAGAGCUCAUGGUCAUAGAAAAACAAAUUCUGUUAUUAUUCAAAAUGAAAACUCCCCAGCUAAUUCGGCCGAUGUCUUAAGGUCUAAGAGUACUUCAAAGACAAAUCCAAGCAAUAGACUAUCAAGACUGUUUUCAUUUACUAACCCAUUAACAUCACCCAAGAAAAAUGGAGAUGACCUUUCGCCUUCUAAGACACUAACUUCUACGGAUACCCAUACCACAAACGGGACAGCUGCAAAAAAUAGCCAUACUUCACAUGGGCAUUCUCAUUCAACGAGUACUUCGAGAAAUGUUAGCACUUCUAAUAAAAGUUCCAGAACUCCAAGCUCUUCUAAUAUUAAUAUGGAUAAAAAACUUAAACCGCUCCCCGUAAGGCCAUCUAAAAAAAUGGCUAAAUUACCCAUAGAUGGUGUUAGAAGUGUAUUUCUAGAUGAAGCCAUUUCAACAGCAGAUUGUCACGGUUGGAUGAGUAUGAAACGUGGUGAAAAUGGUUCUUGGUUUACUGCUUAUUUUCUUUUCCAAGGUAAUAGACUAUCUUAUUAUAAACCAAGUGAGGAUGAAAACAAAGAAAAAAAUGUCAUUGAUAUUACUAAUCAUAGAGUAGAGAGAAUUAGUAGCAAUUCGAAAUUCAUGUCCCUCUAUACGUCUGCAACAGGUAGAGGUUCCUAUUGCUUCAAAUUAUACAUAAAUAACAACGUUAAUUACUUUGCAGUGGACACAAAGGAAGAUUUAAAUGAAUGGCUAAGAGUUUUAUUGAAAUCGAGUAUUUCAUUGGACCAUAGUGCACCUGUUAUGAGCACAUAUUCAACUACUGUUCUUUCGCUAGAAACCGCUAGAGAAAUGCUAGAAGUGGCGAGGAAAGAGUCAAUGCAGCAUGUGAACCAAACGAACUAUAAUCCAAACCCAGCACCAGUUUCUACAAAUAAUGCACCUGCCCAACUUCAACAGUCCGCUCCAUUACCUACUAACCGUCAAUGGGAGGACGAUCCAAACAUUAAUUUAAAUAAUUCUAACCGUAUUACUGAAAGCCAAAGACAAAGUAAUGAUAUUUACACAAAUGAGUUUACUGAUUAUCAGGAUCAAAGCAAUAACAACAAUGAUCAAAAUAUGCUAAAUGACGUUUAUAGUAACAAUUAUAACAAGUAUAACAAUGUGGUUAAACCAGUUCCUCAUAUAAAUGAUAAUAGUAGCAAUGGGAGAAAUGCUAGUAUUAGUUCUUCAACUUACACAAAUUCUUUUAUAUAA